AUGUCCAAGGAAUCCACCACCACCAUGACGGACUCGACUAUUGCCGCUGCUGACGACUCCAACACCCAUAAUAAUAAUACGGACGACCACCUCACUGCUCUGCUGCCCGCGUCUCAUCCGACAAACCCCAUUCGCCAUUCAGGUCGUGCGUUGGUGCGAGGGAAAAUCCGUCGUGUGUGGCGUCCAAGGCAUCUUGAAGUGUGGGACAAUGGCCUGGUGCGAUAUUACGAAGUGCCCAUUCCUGCCAACAGCACAUUGGAUGCCUUUGUUCCUCCCUACCUUCCACCGCACGACGACACCCUUCCCCAUUCCAAAAUCCCCAAGUGUACACUGGCGAUUCAUCAUGCGAGAAUCAUUGACGUCACUACACUGCGAGAUAUGCAUGUCGGGUUGCCACGAGGCGCCUUUGGAUUCUUGUUUCAUGGACAACAAAUCGACGAGGAAGGAACGGGAGGUGGUGGAGAAGAAGAUUUGUUUAGUGAUGGCAUGCAACUGUUGAGUAUGGGACAGUGUCAAGGAAAUGCCAAUUUGGCCACGCCAAGAGAUUUUCUAUGUGCCGUCAAUUCACUCGAAGAAGCACAAUCCUGGGUCAUUGCACUGCAAUGGGCAGCUUCCAUGAGUCGAGAUGCGUCGUUGCAUUCGGGAAGUACGCAUUCCUUGCCGUACUCCACAUCCACGGAUGAUCCAUCGUGGGAUCCACAGCAUCAGGAAGAUUCUAUUGUGGCCAGUCCUCCACGACAACGACAACAACAAUCAUCACCCGAACAACAAACAGCCAAAACAACAACCACUCUUCCCAAUAUUAAUAAACCCAAAGCUGGCAAAAUGAUUGUCACCAAGGUGGUUGGAUACACGCUUGUACGCUUGGAAACUUACAAGUGGGAAAUUGCCUAUCGAAUCCAUGUGCUUUUGGUCAUGCCACGACAACAACAGCAACAAGUACAAGAAUGGUCCAUUCUACGAACGGCACUCGACAUGGCCGACAUUAUUAUACUGGACAAACAACAUGUACCACUCUCGCCCAAAGUACAAGCGCAGUUGCAACGGAUUCGGGACUUGCCGACACUGCACAAAAUGGAAAAGUUGACCAAAUCCGUCGCCGUGGUCGACAGUGUUCUGCGGUCCUUUUGUAUGGAAGCCGGAGUCGUCAAUUCGCCUUCCAUGAAACGAUUCUUGGGACUCCAGUCGUCGUCGUCGUCAUUGCAACCACACGCUACUAAUAGUACUCGUGUCUCGCAAUUCUGGGCAUUUCACGGUCCCAGUGGUGUCCUGAGUCGACCCAAACGAACCAUUCUGCAACAGCAGAGCAUUGAUCAGUUUGUCAAACAGUGGUUGCAACAGGCCAAACCCAAAGAUACGACACCAUCCAAGCGAUUUUCACUGCUCUGUUGGUACCUGCGGUUGCCACAGCCAACCACAACCUACGCCGCUGGACUGCUCUUGUUCGCUGUGGUUUCCGCGAUCUCUCCUGCCAGCGUUGAAAUCGAUUCAUCGAAAAGUAUCACAUACUACCACGCAACGUCCCAUCAAACACAACAACCACCACAACCCAAGAGCCCAAACAAGAGCAUGAGCGAAGAAUCUGUCGGGCAUUCUACUGUGGCUGGUACACCCCACAAGUCUCUCAUGGAUGAAGACGACGACAGCGAGGCUGUGGAAGAUGAGGAGGGUGAAGAAAGCUCCCCACGGGCAGAAGCGGUGGAGUCCACCAGCUUGUUGCAACAGCAAGAUUCGAGAUUGUCCUCUCCCCUGCCCAUGUACGAUGCCGACCACAAAGUCACCGUUUCUUGCUGGUCCAAACCAGACGACUCAAUAUUCAACGUUCGUGGACCGACGUACUUGACCGACCGGGUGAAGAUGCCUUCCGGUAAGGCAUCGUUUACGUGUGAAGGUGUGGACAUGUGGCUCUCGGACACCCCCGAACGACACAUUGCGCGUCAUCCAAGUGUGUCGGAAGGGGUCCUCGCCAACACGGACAAGGACAUGUUUUUGGUCAAUUUCUUGCUCCCAUUUGGAAAUUUUGUGGCCUACUUUUCGAUUCCGCCUCUGGAACAAUUUGCGAAUCCGCAGCUGGCCGAUGUUUGGACGCGUUUUGUCGAAGGCAAUCAGCAAUAUCGUGAUGCCCGUUUGAAGAUGCUCCCUGUGGUGGUGGACGGUCCGUGGAUUGUGCGGGCGGCAGUACCGGGCACAUCUCCCGCGCUUCUCGGCAAGGUGAUCCCCUUGCAAUACUUUUUUACGCAGAAACCCAGUGGGCGUUCCAUCUACGAGGUGGAUGUCAUCAUCACAGCGUCCAGCAUUGCCAAGGGUAUUCUGAGUGUUGUCAAGAGUCACACCAAGGCUCUCUCUAUUGCUUUUGCCUUUAUAAUUGAAGCUGCCGAGGAGCAUGAACUACCCGAAACUGUUCUCGCAUCCUUUCAAGUGCACUCGGUUGACUUGGAAGACUGCCCACUGCUCCCGAGUUUGAGUAUGCCAUGA